AAGCCGCGGAUCCUGCUUAUGGGGCUGCGGCGCAGCGGGAAGUCCUCCAUCCAGAAGGUGGUGUUUCACAAGAUGUCUCCCAAUGAGACUCUGUUCUUGGAAAGUACCAACAAGAUCUACAAAGAUGAUAUUUCCAACAGUUCAUUUGUGAAUUUCCAAAUAUGGGAUUUUCCUGGACAGAUGGACUUUUUUGAUCCAACAUUUGAUUACGAGAUGAUCUUCAGAGGAACAGGUGCUCUAAUAUAUGUUAUUGAUGCCCAGGAUGACUACAUGGAAGCUUUAACAAGACUCCACAUUACAGUUUCAAAAGCCUACAAGGUCAACCCGGAAAUGAACUUUGAAGUUUUUAUUCAUAAAGUUGAUGGUUUGUCGGAUGACCAUAAAAUAGAAACUCAGAGGGAUAUUCAUCAGAGGGCUAAUGAUGACCUUACGGAUGCCGGGCUUGAAAAACUUCACCUUAGCUUUUAUUUGACCAGUAUCUAUGACCACUCAAUAUUUGAAGCCUUCAGUAAAGUGGUACAGAAGCUCAUUCCGCAACUGCCAACGCUGGAAAAUCUACUAAAUAUCUUUAUAUCAAAUUCAGGCAUUGAAAAAGCUUUUCUCUUCGAUGUAGUCAGCAAAAUCUACAUCGCAACAGACAGUUCCCCUGUGGACAUGCAGUCAUAUGAGUUGUGCUGUGACAUGAUUGAUGUAGUGAUAGAUGUUUCCUGUAUAUAUGGGUUAAAGGAAGAUGGCACUGGAAGUGCUUAUGAUAAAGAGUCAAUGGCAAUUAUCAAGCUCAAUAACACAACGGUCCUGUACUUAAAGGAAGUAACAAAGUUUUUGGCAUUAGUUUGCAUUCUUAGAGAAGAGAGUUUUGAGCGCAAAGGUCUGAUAGACUACAAUUUUCACUGCUUCCGCAAAGCCAUUCAUGAAGUCUUUGAAGUAGGUGUUGCCUCCCACAGAAUCUGCAACCAUCAAUCAAGCGCCUCAAAUAUGAAAGCAGUGACUCACAAUGGCACACCUAGGAAUGCAGUCUAGAGGAAAACUAAAGACGCUGGAUAGACUUGUCAGCUCUUCACUCCAAAGUUUUGUGGAACAAGAGAAGAGUAGUCUGAAAGCCUGAAGUAUGUUUCACAGGAGAAGAGUGGCGCUAACUGUGGAACAGCAGCUUGUAACUCAUGUUGGACGACUGAAACUACUGUAAAAAUACUUUGAGGCCAGUGGAGUUAGAAAUGCCAGUUUGAAACCAGCUUUAUUGCAAGUACAGUGGUUUUUCAGUUUGGAGUCCUGUUUAACAGUCUGCCUCUGAUUGCCCAGCCAAAACUUACAAAUGAUUGAGUUGAGUUUUGCGUGAAACACUGAAUAGUCACUUGCUCAAUUUCGUUUUCUUUUUUUUUUUUUUUUAAUUAACCUGUAGAAUAUCCACCUUUGCUUAAGUUUACCCUUUUGUCAUGUGCAAAA